GCUCCGCGGGCCGGGGGCGGGGCCUCGGGGGCCAGGGACCUCUCUGCGAGUUCACAGCCGGGAUCGUGUCCCAGAGCCGCUCGGUCCAGCUCUCGAGCCGUCGUAGCCCGCGGGUCCACCGCCUGCGCGCCUCAAGCUCUUCAGCCCCCAGGAAGACACCUACGAGAACAAGACCUGAGAGCAUCGCUGCAUACGAGAGCUCCACCUUUCUGCUGCUGACUUUCCAGAUCCAUUUCAACUCUUUUGGGAGAAAGUGAUUUUUGUUGUCUCAACCUUCUGACUUCAUUGACUAUUAAUCUUUCUUUUUCUCAUUCCUUGGGCCAACUUCGAUCACAUUCCACAUCAUAGUUUUAGUCCUUUGGUAGGUGUCUGUGUCAGGAAACCACGCUCAGGGUGUCUCUGGCUGAGGUGAUAAGAGGAGGCAGCAGGAGGCUUCUGUCCCCACGGGUGCAUUGUCCCCAGCCCCAGCAGCCAGGCCGGGGCACCGAGGUCACCAUGUCCACCAAGGUGCCCAUCUAUCUGAAGCGCGGCAGCCGCAAGGGCAAGAAGGAGAAGCUGCGGGACCUGCUGUCUUCAGACAUGAUCAGCCCGCCGCUGGGGGACUUCCGACACACCAUUCACAUUGGCAGUGGCGGUGGCAGUGACAUGUUCGGCGACAUCUCCUUCCUGCAGGGCAAGUUCCACCUCCUGCCGGGGACGGUGGUCGAGGGACCUGAGGAGGAUGGCUCCUUGGACCUCCCCUUCCAGUUCACCCGCACUGGCACGCUGUGUGGGCGUGAGCUGCCCGACGGGCCGUCCCCUCUGCUCAAGAAUGCCAUCUCCCUCCCUGUCAUUGGAGGGCCCCAGGCCCUCACCCUGCCCACUACCCAGGCCCCACCCAAACCCCCGCGCCUGCACCUGGAGAUCCCACAACCUUCCCCGCAGCCUUCCCCACAGGAGGCAGGGAGUGUGGACAUCUGGAGGAUUCCAGAGGCUGGCUCUGUGCACAAUGGGCUGACCCCUGAGUUGGGGGCGGAGGAGCCCUUCCUGUCCCAUGCCAGCUCCCUGCUCUCCCUGCACGUGGACCUGGGGCCUUCUAUCCUGGACGACGUCCUCCAGAUCAUGGACCAGGACCUGGGCCACAUGCAGAUCCCCACGUAGGACCAAGGCUGGCCAGGCCAGGAGAUCAGGAUGGAGUGAAUGUUAGAAGGCAGAGGGUGGCUGCAGCCCUGGCCUAGAUGUCGGGAUCCCAAAGUCCCACUGUGUGGUCUCUGGCCAGUGAUUUCUUUCUUUGAGCCUUUGUUUCCCUGCCUCCCAGCCUCUCCCCAGGGGCAGUGUGCCUUACUGCUUUCCCCUAAAACCCCCCGAGGACACCUGCGGAAGUCAGCCCAAAGUGCUCUGAGCAUCUUGGGCCAGCUGGACCCCCAACGCCAACUGCUCCUCCUCCUGCCCUCACAUCCCUUGGAUGAAGGUGCUGUCAAGGUGGACUCCUCUUCCCAUCUGACUUCUGCCUCAGCCCCAUGGGAGUUUGGAGGCAGGGGAAGCAUGGCACAGCCAGCCAGACCUUUGGCUCCUUGUUCUGGAUUAGGAACAUGGCAUCAGUGACCGAAUGUCCCUCUGCCCCACCCUCUCACAUGUCAGGAAUUCUGGUGGCAAUGAAACUUGCUGCUGCUGGUAGUCACACUCCCCACACCCUUAACCUAGGUUCCCUCCUGAAAACAGACCCAUCUCUAUGACCUGGGCUCACCCUGGGAAAGACCCCAACCUCAGAAGUCUUCGUGCCCUUUGAAAUCUUCUACCUGAUUCCAAGCCCAUGGUGAAAAGGGAGCAGGAACAACCCAAAUGGCAACUGGGGCAAUUACAACAUUGCUUCUGGUUUACAAGAGGUGGCUGAGAGCUGGUGUAAGUCAGGUGCCGUCCCCAGGCUGCUGGGGUCUAUUGGGGGAGACCCGAGCAUGAAAGAAUAACCCCAAGUCCUAGUGCAAGGGACCAGCAGCUUCUCCAGCUUCAGAGGACUAAGGGAGCACACAGGAGUGAGGACCCCAGCCCGGGGCUGAGAGGGAUCCAACAGCGCUCAUCAGCACUACUUAGUGAGCAUUUACAGGGCACGCAAGGAUGUUCCAGGUGCUGGGGAUAUCAGGCAGACUCAAUCCCUGCUCUCCUGUAGCUUAUAUUCUAGUAGGAAAAGAUGUUCAAUUUGUAAGCAAGUAAGAUGAUUUCCAAUUUUGUUGAACACCAUGAAGAUAAUGAGAUCAGGAAUUCCUGAGGUGGAGGUGCAGCUGGUAUCAGGGCCCAUUAGGAUGGUCAGGUGUGACUCUGAGCCAAGCCUGAAGGCUAAGAUACGCUUGUGCAUAAGCAAAGGGCCUGAGGCACCAGAAUGAAUGACAGAGGAGCCUCCAUGUGGUGAAGAGAGCAUAGAUCUCGGAGUGAUCUAAUCUGUAUGAAACUCAGUUUUUCCAUCUCUAAAAUAGAGUCAAUGGUACCUACCUUGCAGGGUUGUGGGAAAAAUUAGGGACAAUGUUUACGAAUUGCCACGUGGAAGGUAUUCAAAAGUGGCUGUGGAUAUGAAGGAAGGGGCUUGGGAAAGGCAGGACUGAAGCUGGAAAAGCAGGUUGGCGUCUGCUGGGAAUAGCUUUGCUUGCAAGGCUAAGGAGAAAAUGGGGAGCUAGAAGGAUUUUAGCAGGAGAAGCAUGUGGUCAGAUCCAGGUUUUAGAGGGAUCACCACCCGGGCCAAUGGAUGAUGGACCAUAGGUCAGAAAGGAGGAAGCCAUUGCAGGAUGUGGAGGCCUGGACGGGCCAGGGACAGUGGGGACAGAGGACGGGACAGUGUUAAGGUGGGGGUUGUGUCUGAUUGGUACAGACCACGGAGGGGGGCCAGAGGCAAGUUCAAGUCUUGGUCUCCCCUUCUUCCAUUCUCUGCUAAUUCUUCUCCAUCCUUCUGACCCUGCGAAUCCAAGCCUCCCACCUUGCCCCCAGUCUUUCCUGCCUCCAGCCCCUGUGUCGGAUGUCAUAGUGGGGAAUUUGAAUUUGACCAGGAGGCAUUUUAUUGGCCACAGGGCUAUGAGUGUGUGUGUUAAAAUAUAUACAAUAUGAAAUUUACUAUUUUAACCAUGUUUUAAGUGUAUGAUUCAGUGCCAUAAAGUAUAUAUUUUGCAACCAUCACUACCAACCAUUCCCGAACUUUUUUUAUCUUCCCAAAGUGAAACUCCAUACCCAUGAAACACUAAUUUCCCCUUUCCUUCCCCCCAGCCCCUGGUAACCACCAUCUACCUCCUGUCUCUAUGAACCUGACUACUCUGGAGACCUGAUGUAAGUGGAGUCACACAGUAUUUGUCCUUUGGUGACUGGCUUAUUUUGUUUAGCCUGACGUCUUCAAGGUCAUCCACCCUGCAAUGUGUGUUGGAAUUUCCUUCUUUUAAAGGCUGAAUAAUAUUCUAUUAUCUACCUUUACCACCUUCUGUUUAUCCACUCAUCCAUCAAUAGACACCUGAUUGCUUCUACCUUCAGGCUAUUAUUGUGAACAACGCUGCUAUGAACAUGAGUGUACAAAUA